CCAAAUCCUGAUCCUCCCAAGAUAUUAUUCUCCUGAUUAUUUCAACUUUCAUCACUCUACUGCAGUCAGUUUUCCGGCUGAGAUGUCUCAAGUUUAAUUCCGUUCAUCAUUAAACUUUCGUGAUUAAAAUAAACUUAACGUGGUCUCCGCACAAGUGAAUUGAGCAAAAUGCGACUCCCGCUGAUUUUCUACUCCAUUCUUGCGAGUUCCCUCACUAAAGGGAUGAUAUUCUCGUUCAUGCCCGGCGGGGAUGCCAUCAAAAACGUGGUCUCGCCCUUCUUGAGCUCAUUCAACACGACGGACGGCGAAGGCAACCCCACUUACACCGCCAACCUGGUGCGCGUCGUCGAUCCGAUCCUCGCCAUGCAGUUCGCCCGGAACGACCUGGUAAGCUCGCCGGAAGACUACUCAGGACCAUUGCACCCCUCCUAUUACACCCCACAAAGCCUCGUCGACGCUGACCGCGCUUCUGACCAAGGAUUAAGGUACACCUAUUACAUAUAUCCUUAUGGGAAUCCACCACCCGAGUCCGAAUUCGUCGCCGAUCCGGAUGAGUUCAGGCUCUCUCAGGGACCACCAUCCUCCUUCUAUGUUUCAGCCCGGGACCCACUUGAUGUAAGCCGUGCCGCUUACCCUGCUGAACAGUCUCAGACUUUGCGUGGAAUAUUCACGCCUUAUCGUGCUUUGCCGCAAGAAAACUAUGGAUCAAGAGACGCGAGUGACUUGAAACAAGCAGGAGGUUAUCAAAAAUUAAUGAACCCUUAUCAGUAUCCGCGAAGCCCACUUGCAUUUACCUCUAGCAGCAACUUCGGAUAUGCUCAAAAUAAUCAAAAAUUGCCUUACGUCAGCCAUGUGCCUGUCAAUCCCCAAGUCGACCUCAUUAAUGAUCCAAGGAACGUUAAUGAUAACCAGAAAUUACCUCUCCCUUCUAAUCUAUCACCUGUAAAUCUUCUUGCAUCUGAACUUUCAAGUGACUCUGGACUUUUGGAGGAUGACAGGAAAACCUUCUAUACUUAUGCGGGACCCUCGUCAAUGAAUUCUUUUGGAUAUCAACGAGCCCACACUCCAAUGCUUACCACAGAUUCCCAAAAAUUGACCAAUUCCUUGAACUUUGUACCGAUAAACUCACUCAGGUCCAGCGGAUUAAGUAACUUUGAACAAAUAGACAAUCCUCAAAAGUUACCUCUCCCCCAGGGCUCUACAUUACAGAAUCCUCCACCUUUUAUUCGGACAAACGACCCUUCUUACGCGGGGGAUCUCCGCACCUUACCUUACCCUAACAAUUUUGCGACUGUUAGUCCUGUCGUUGUUGAUCCCGUCCAGAACUCAAAAAGUAGAUUACCCUACCCUCUUAACCUUGCAUCAACACAUUCGCGGUUCAAUCUUCCACCAAUGAGCCCCGUUGAUGUAACCCAUGCAAGUAACCCUGGAUACACAAAUGCUUUUAAAAAACCAUUUUACCCCAAUGAACUUCUGUCAGUAUAUCCAACUGAAUCCAGCUCCGUAAGUGACCGGCAAAAUAUUGUGCCAAUCUCGCCUCGCUUCACGAGUGACCUCAGCCGCACAGAUGAUCACCUACCACCGUCCCCUCCAAAAUUCACAUCAGUUAACUCCUUAAAUACUAACCUCAUUAGUAACCCGGAGGCUCCAAAAUAUGAUGAGGAACCUUCUCCAAUAAGUGCGCCUAUUAACGUUUUAGAAAUUGAUCCUGUAAACUAUCCUCUGCGUUCGGAAGACGGUCAAGAACUAUCCUUACCUUACAAUAGUGCCUCGAUGAGCCCUAUUUUAUCCGAUGGCGUGACUAACUUAAAACACGUAGCAAAAUAUCCCCAAAUACCCUAUCUCCGCAGUCUUGCGUCUCUUAAAUCCGAUCGCAUGCGUGACGCAAGGCUUCAAGCUGAAAAUACAGUUACACCUACCUCCUUCAAUCCAACAUUACAGAAUUACGGAACAUACGGAAUCAAUCCGGUUGAAUCCGGUGAAAGGGCCAACUCCAAACACUCAGAUGAAGUCGCCGAUCCCAGACAUAUUAUUCCCAUGAUAAGAAGGGGCUUCGAUCUGUUCAACCCAUGGGUUGAUUUCCCCGCUUUAUAUCCUGUUGCACCCGGCGGUUCCUACGGACCAAAUCGUUAUCAGCACCACAGACGGCCACGUCCUGAGUACUUCCGUGAUGACGACGAUGCCCUCUUCCCAAGUGACUACUACUUGACCGAUUACGUGUAUCCGAUGGAUGACUACCCAGUUAUUGAGCGCUUCUCGGAGGAGAAUUCAUUUGAACCCAGACCUGAUUCGCAGGUAUCGAGCAGUCAAGGGUUAAAACCAGGAUUCAGAAAGGACCAGCCCAAUGCACCCCAACCUUUUUUGACGUCACGGAUGAAAGGCCCUCCUUUGCCUUUUCGGUCGGCGAACGAUCAGCCACUGAGAUCACUUUCUGAAGAAGUGCCGAGUCCGGCAUUGGACCAGAUUCAACCACCGUUCAGAACCCUCAUUGAGAAACUUUUACACCAGGAGAGUAAUUCAGGUGAAAUUUUGCCGAUUCAUAGAUCCCUGAUCAAAUCAUUGCUGUCUGGCAAUUCAGGAUUAAACCCAAAAUUGGAUGCAAUUUUUCACCAUAUUGAUAAACCAAUUUUAGGCGAGAGCCUUAAAAAUAACUUAAAAUCAGGAGAUAAAAUUACUGAUGGGCUCCAUACGCCCGAAUAUCAGAGGAAGGCUUCAAAUCCGACUGCUGAGUCAUUUCGAGUGCAACUCAAUCCGAAUCUACCAGACGAUGCAAAAUCCAACCCAAAACCAAAUGGCGUUAAUCCCUCAAGUUCGAGUGUAUCGGUAAAUAUUCCAAAAUCUAGUGAAUCAAGACCUAUCCUGGUUCCUUCUGGAAAAAUUAUGCCGGACGCAAAAUCAGUUACUGGUCAGCGUGGCGUAGAAAACCGUGAUCAGCUGAACAGCCAGGAUUCUUACCGUGUCCCUCAAGAACAGGAAUCGGCCUUUGAAGCAGGAAGGAUACAACCUAGUCUGGGGAAGGCUGAAGAUGCAGGGUCAAACGACGGUCACUUCGAUGCGAGAUACCGCGCAAGGUAUGGACCACUCGUUCAGGACCCGUACCUUGGUUGCUUUGAUUGGCUGAACCCCAAGGGCAAGUUUGAGGAGGAUUUAUUUUCGGCGAAAAAUCCUUUCGCAAAAAUUUUAGGAUCGAAACCUAAGUCAUCGUAUCCCGUCGCAACAAACAAUAUAAAUUAUGGUAUCGUUGAGCCAAACUACGGAAACUACCCUAUUUAUUCCUUCGACAACACAAAUCCCGUUCAGAAUUUCAACCACCAAACGAACCCGGUUUUCCACCCCGCCGAGCCGUCAUUUAAACCACCGGGUUACAAUCCCUCCAUUUGGGAUUUGAGCCAAAAACCUGGUAACGUUAUCGUAUCUCCGAUUAAGAAACCGUUGUUUACCCCCUACGACAACGCAGUUCCUGUGAGAUAUGCAGACGAGGAGGUUCAAUUUUUCAAAGCUUUAACAAAUAAUUUUGAACCUGUACCCGUACCUGUACCUGUCCCUGUACCGGUAACGCCCGCAAUCUCAGACUUCAAUGCCGACGGUGUCCGCACGAACUGGCCAAGGGACCCGAAAACUUUAGUCCAAGGUGAUCCCUCCAAGGGAGAAACCCCACAAGUACCAACGGUGCCUGAAGCGCAACCUGGAAAAAUCCCUGCCCUCGUCAUUAUACCAGCCAAGGACCAAGGAAAUACUCAGGAGCAAGAUUCUUCAGUUAGCACCAUCAACACGUCGAAAAAUUACAAUUUGCUUCCUAUUCAGUUACCGGCUAGUUUCCUUAAUAAUUUAAUCAAUACUGGGCUCUUCUCAGCGUUUCUGAACAAUUUACCAGGAUCUGACUCAACUGCCAAAACCAAAGCACCAGGCACGUCGCUCUCUCUACUUAGUCCAGUGAAACAUCAAAUCGAACUCUAUAACCCUACUCUCCGCGGAUACCACGGUGGUAUUAAUCCUUUCGCCCAUCAUCAUUCAGGAGUCGGUUAUAAAGCGUAUUAAACUCAUGGUACCUCCGUUAAAUAAUGCCAUGCUUUACCUCUGAAUUUUUUAAAGAAAAAGAGGCCAAGUCUAGUCAUUUCUUGUAUACCUAUCGCGGAAAAAGAUUUUUGUGAAAGCAUUCUGUGAAAAGCUCGCUAAAUCUCGUUCCCUGUAUUGUAAAGAGAAUUUGUUUUCUUUCGAGUCUUACGCCUGGAAAAGUCGCCACAAAUAAUAAAAAAAAUUUUUAAAAAAAAAA